AUGUGGACGUGCCCCUUCCACCCUCCCAUCCAGCUCUACUUCAUCAUCCGCAACACGGAGCGCUCUUCAGACUUUGGCAUAUCGCGCAUCAAAAUCUGGAACUACAACAGAAGCCUUAACGAACUUGAGAUCGGCGCACGUCAUAUAAAGCUGUACCUCAACAGCACGCUGGUGUUCGAGGGCGAGCUGGAGAGGGGCUGCGGGAACCAGGUCUUCGACUACGGCAACACCAUCGAGCUCCAGGACUUCCAAGCGUCAGAGUCCUUGUUUUCCAGCCCUUCAUCGUCGGGAUACAAUCUCCGGGGCGCCAGCCCCCAACGACACGAUGAGAGCGGCGCGCGCCAGCACCUCGCUUCUGCUCUGCCGCCGUCAGAAGCGUCAAGUCAGGAUAUGAUGAACACUCAGGAGAGCUCGCACGCCCCCCUUCCGCCCAUCUCCGCCCGGCGCUCCUCCGCGCAAAGGAACUCCUUUGACGAGCCGGCACAGACGGUCACCAUGCAGCCGUCAUCUUUGCGGAUGACCCCCCAGUGGCUGCAGCCCCUGAAGAGAGCCGCUCCGGAGGGGUGCGAGGCCGGCAGGGAGCGGCCGCGCUGGCUGGUGCCUCAGCAGCCGCUCGCCGAGCCCAAAUCGCCAGCCUCCGCCUCCGCCUCAUCGACAGCGGCGUCGUUGCUUCCGGAGCUGCCGUGUAACCCCGGUCGGGUGUGCAGGGGAGGCGAGAGAGCGGCCAAUGGGGCGCCGUGGAAAGCCGAAUCUCUGGACCUCAACUGCGACCUGCUCGACGAGCUCGGCGAGCAAAAGCACGAGCGGCCCUUCAGCGGCCGAAGGAGUUCUUUAAGAAAUCGGCAGACAGAGGAGCAACACGUGAAAUCAAAUGCAGAGCCGACGCUAUCGGCCAACGCCAGCAGGAGGCAGCGCACGCCAAGGCCCCUCGGGCACAGCCACCGGGAUGACACCCUCAUGGAGUCGUGGGACUCCCUCACCAAGUUCAACCAGUGCCAACGCGGCCGCAUCUCCAACAUGGGCUUCGAAGGGGACAUAUUUGACGACUUCCAGCUGCAACGCAGCCGAGGCUCCCCCGUCGUCCCCGUCAACCCCUCGGCCGCUCCCGCCAGCCCGCCUUCCUCCUCGACCGCACGGCGGUUCCCGUGCGACAGCCCCGAUGCCGAUUCCUUCUUGGAGCAGGAGGAAGAAUUUGAGAUCCCGGUGCUGCCCAAGGGCCAAAGGUUGCUCAUCAACAUUCUGUCCACCUGGGGGGACCGCCACUACGUCGGCCUGAACGGCUUGGAAGUGUUCAGCUCCAGCGGCGAGCCCGUCCGACCCGCUCACAUCAGCGCCGACCCCCCCGAUAUCAACAUACUCCCCGCGUACGGCAAGGACCCCCGCGUGGUCUCCAACCUGACGGACGGCGUCCAUCGCACGCAGGACGACAUGCACCUGUGGCUCGCCCCGUUCACGCCCGGCCGGAGCCACACCGUCUUCCUGGACUUCGGACACACCUACCAGGUGGCCAUGAUCCGCGUGUGGAAUUACAACAAGUCGCGCAUUCACUCUUUCCGAGGUGUCAAGGAGGUGGAGAUGAUGCUCGACGGGAGGUGCAUCUUCAGGGGCGAGAUCGCCAAAGCUUCCGGGACUCUUUCGGGAGGAUUGGAUCAAUUCGGGGACACCAUUCUGUUCACUACCGAUGACGACAUCCUGGAGGCCAUGUCCCGUUUUGACGAAACCUUCCUCGGCGAAAGCGAAGGAUCGGCGAAUCCGGUGCACGAGGAGGAGCUGCACAGGCCGCGCACUGCCGACGGAGAGGGAGAGGAAAGACCUUUCACCCAGGCCGGCUUCCGAGAGGAGGACCUUGCCAUCAAGCUUCAGCUCAACGCCACCGUGAACGAAUUGGAAAACAUGGAGCAGAUUCCUGGGAUGUACACUGGAAAGUGCCUUCGUCUGGAGCUGGUUUCCACGUGGGGGGACUCGCACUACAUGGGCCUGACGGGCUUGGAGGUGGUCGGGAAAGACGGGGAGGGCUUACCCUUGGACCUCGGCAUCAUGACCGCCUCACCCAGGGACCUCAAUGACCUGCCCGAAUACGGGCAUGACUCGCGCAACCUCGAUAAGCUUAUAGACGGCCAGAACAUCACCACCGAUGACCAACACAUGUGGCUGAUCCCUUUUUCGUAUGGAGAGCCUCACACCGUGACCAUCACCUUCCCUCAGGCGCAGACCAUCGCUGGACUCCGCAUCUGGAACUACAACAAAUCGGCUGAGGACUCGUACAGAGGGGUGAAGGUGAUCCACAUGAUCAUGGACGACCUGGCCAUCUCCCCAGUUGAGGGCUUCCUUAUUAGGAAAGGCCCAGGCAAUUGUCACUUUGACUUUGCCCAGGAGAUCCUCUUUGUGGACUACCUCCAGGCACCCGCCGACAGCAAGAUUUCCGAAGAGCACCCCAGCAAGCGAGGCGGGAAGAAAACAGAACAAGCCAGCAUGGACUACGAAGCUCCCAUCAUGCCAUGCGGAUUCAUUUUUCAGCUGCAGCUGCUAACCACCUGGGGAGACCCUUACUACAUCGGCCUGAACGGCCUGGAGUUCUACAACCAGAAUCAUGAGAAGAUCAGCCUCAGUGACAAUAACAUUGCCGCUUUCCCAGACAGUGUUAACGUACUCGACAACGUGAGCGGUGACGUGAGGACUCCGGAUAAAUUAAUAGAUGGCAUCAACAGCACGCAGGAUGGGAGACACAUGUGGCUGGCUCCAGUGCUCCCUGGACUGGUGAACCGCGUGUACGUCAUCUUUGAUCAGCCGGUGACCGUAUCCAUGAUCAAACUGUGGAACUACUCCAAGACCCCUCAGAGAGGAGUUAAGGAAUUUGGGCUGCUGGUGGACGACCUCCUGGUGUACAACGGCGUCUUGGACAGCGUGAGCCACAUCAGCCGCGGCAUCGUGCCCACGUGCGACGUGGUGGUGCCUUACCACACCAUCCUCUUCACCGACAACGCGUACGUCGCGCACCGCGAAAGGAACACCGUCAUCAGUAAUUACGUGGAGGACCAGGAUGUGAAGAUGACUAAUGAGAAUCAGAUUGUCCAUCACAACAAGAAAAAGCAGGCAGCAGACCCAGCUCUUCGGCCUAAAACCUGCAUGACCGACAUUGGGAAACACGGACAGAGGAGGUACUGA